CACUACAAAAAGCUAUGUGUGUGUGUGACUGAAAGACUUUGUUCCUUCUUUACUCUUAUUCAGCACUGCAGCAGAAUAGAACUGCAGCGUAAGAUCCACCCAAUGUUCUAGUCCUCCCUAUUCGGUGGCCCUUUCAGCACUGAGAUCGCGGACAGCUCCCUGUGCAGAGACUCCACAGCUGCUGCUGAGUGGAGAGCAGGCUGGACAGAGAUGCAUACUUCAAGUUCCCUCUAAUACAUCAUCUCUGUAACAACAGAGGCACCUAAUCCAUCAAACCAGACUUGAGCUGUCAGUUGCAAAAAACCUAGUUCUUGUACACAAUGGAAGAUACCUACAGAGACAGGACUUCUCUGGUGAGAGGUGCUAAGGACAUAGCUAAAGAAGCCAAGAGACACACAACCAAAAGCCCGAACAAAGGGAGGAACGUAGAGCAUGAUGGAUAUGCCCACAGGAUCCAAGAUCAGUUUCCAGAUGAAGAGGCAUAUUACACACAUGGCAACUACAAUGAAGAACCCGAGGAUGAGGGAUCAAGUGAAGCAACAGAAGGACACGAUGAAGAUGAUGAGAUAUAUGAUGGAGAAUAUCAAGGAAUACCCGGUCAAGGAAAAGAUGGGAUGGUUGCUCUAGGUCAACCUAUCCCCGAUGAGCAUAAAGCCCGCCAUGAGCUGGAAAGUGAAAGGAAAGCUGAUGAAGAAGAGCUAGCACAGCAGUAUGAACUCAUUAUUCAAGAAUGUGGGCAUGGACGUUUUCAGUGGACCCUUUUCUUUGUGCUUGGCAUGGCUCUUAUGGCUGAUGGAGUUGAAGUGUUUGUAGUUGGAUUUGUGCUGCCAAGUGCAGAGACUGAUAUGUGUAUACCAGAUUCAAGUUCUGGGUGGCUUGGCAGUAUAGUCUAUCUGGGCAUGAUGAUAGGAGCGUUCUUCUGGGGAGGCCUAGCGGACAAAGUUGGGAGGAAACAGUCUCUACUAAUAUGCAUGUCUGUCAAUGGAUUCUUCGCCUUCCUGUCCUCCUUUGUCCAAGGCUAUGGAUUAUUUCUAGUCUGCCGGUUACUUUCUGGAUUUGGGAUUGGAGGAGCUCUACCAACUGCAUUUUCCUAUUUUUCGGAAGUUCUUGCAAGAGAGAAGCGAGGAGAGCACUUGAGCUGGUUGUGUAUGUUUUGGAUGAUAGGUGGAAUAUAUGCAUCAGCCAUGGCUUGGGCCAUAAUCCCACACUACGGAUGGAGUUUCAGCAUGGGAUCAGCCUAUCAGUUCCACAGCUGGAGGGUUUUUGUCAUUGUGUGUGCCCUUCCUUGUGUAUCUACUGUCGUGGCCCUCACAUUUAUGCCUGAAAGUCCACGUUUCCUCUUAGAGAUUGGAAAACACGAUGAAGCCUGGAUGAUCCUGAAACAGAUUCACGACACAAAUAUGAGAGCCCGUGGACAACCAGAGAAAGUCUUUACUGUUCACAGAAUCAAGACUCCCAAGCAAAUAGAUGAACUGAUUGAAAUUGAGACAGACACAGGGACUUGGUACAGAAGAGGCUUUGUCAGGAUUCGCACAGAGCUGUAUAGCAUCUGGUUAACAUUCAUGAGGUGCUUUGACUAUCCUAUCAGGGAUAACACAAUCAAACUAACUGUAGUGUGGCUCACUCUGUCAUUCGGCUACUAUGGACUAUCUGUCUGGUUCUCAGACGUCAUCAGGCACCUCCAAGCUGAUGAAUAUGCUUUAAGAGUCAAAUAUUUUUAUGGGGAAAAUAUCUCCAACUACAAUUUUAACUUCACUUUGGAAAACCAGAUACAUAAAAAUGGAGAGUUCAGCAAUGACAGGUUCAUCUCGAUGAAGUUCAAGUCAGUUGUGUUCCAGGAUUCUGUGUUUGAGAAAAGUUACUUUGAAGAUGUUACAUCACUGAACACAUACUUUAGGAAUUGCACCUUCAUAGAAGCACAUUUUGUGAACACAGAUCUUGAAAGAUACAAGUUCACUGACAGCGUACUUAUCAACUGCACAUUUGAGGAUAUGAAGGUCGGAUGUCAGAUCACCUUUGAUGAUGACUACAGUGCCUACUGGAUCUACUUUGUGAAUUUCCUGGGCACCUUGGCUGUUCUUCCAGGCAAUAUUGUAUCAGCUCUUCUAAUGGACAAGAUUGGCAGGUUAACAAUGCUGGGAGGCUCUAUGGUACUUUCUGGUGUCAGCUGUUUCUUAUUGUGGUUUGGUACCAGUGAGUCUAUGAUGGUGGGAAUGCUCUGCGUAUACAAUGGUCUUACUAUUUCGGCAUGGAACUCUCUUGAUGUAGUCACUGUGGAGCUCUUUCCAACAGAUAAACGAUCCACAGGAUUUGGCUUUUUGAAUGCACUGUGCAAAGCAGCAGCUGUACUAGGAAACUUAAUAUUUGGCUCACUCGUUGGAAUCACCAAAGCCAUACCAAUUCUCCUUGCCUCAACCGUGCUGGUUUGCGGUGGUCUGGUGGGACUUCGACUGCCAGACACAAGAAACCAGGUGUUGAUGUAAACGGAAACAAAAGCCAUCUCCAAUAUUACUUUUUCUGAUUUUUCUUCAUAACAAUCAGCCUAACAGAUACAAAAUACUCAACCAAAAUCAUUGAGAAUCCCAAACACAUUCUGCUCCCAAGAUGUAGAUGUUUUUGCUGUGCAAUGUAUGUAGAACAAACGCUGUCUGACAUACCCUGCUGUUAUUUACCAUUUUCACAAGCUUUAAAUUGUGUGUAUGUUUUUAUGAUUUCAUCCAAACGUACAUUCUUCAGUGACCCUUUCAGCAUUAAACAGUAUCUAUAGCCUCACAGAAUGCAGGCACUUACAGUAAGCAAGUUA